UUUAUAUUGGCCAUUCACAGCCACGGUGCUUCAUUUCCUGUCAAACCCUAGAGCCAAAUACUCUUCUCCUGCGAGGCAAGUCACAGAAACAGGAUGGAUUCAGACUCAGAGGAAUCAGGCUACGAUGCACCGGUGCAUUACAUGACCGGGUUCGCGGUGGUGGAGCCGAGAAACGAAUCCCCGAAGCAAUUGGGAGUCAGCGCAGGGCGUUCGGCGAGCAGCUAUGAGUGGACCUCGAGGGCCGGGCAUCAGGACAAGCAGUCCGGGGACUACGCGCGCGCGACGACCAAGCAGACUUUCUCCAGCGGGGACACGAUCAAGGAGAGGUCCACGGGGAGGGUCGGGUACAAGGAUGAGUUCAAGGAGACGUCCACCGUCAGGGUCGGGAACAAGAGUGGCUACUCCGAGUAUCAGGUCCAGGAGAGGCUCCGGACUGUCACGUACGGCGAGGGCAGCAGCGGGCGCAACGUCAAUGGUCAUAACAACAGCCUGACCCAAAAGAAGUACUGAGUAUUCACCAUGUGAGUACGAUGGAUCUAGUGCCGCUCUAGGAGUUUCUCGUGACAUUUUCAUUGAAUAAUCGGAUACCGUCUUCGUUCAUUUUGUAAGUCGUUGGAUUGGCUGGUUCAUUUGGGAUUUCGAGACAGAUUGUAUGUGAACUUGUGGUCUUUGUU